ACAUGGCGCUCCCCAUGAGUUGUGCGUUGCGUCUUCUGUAGUAAGUCUGUAGUCGUGUUUUCAUUCACUUCCAGCCAUGUUACAGGGCUUGCUUUCUCAACGGGGCGCUUCAGGACUGGUGCUAAUAAACGACACAUUGGAGCAGCGAGGUCGCUUGAUCGCGGAUUCCUUCGCAAAUACUUGGGCGAACAGGGGCCACAAUGUGCACAUCUUGAGUUACGACAGGGAAGAAAGCAUAAUCAGAAAGUGCUUUCCACCUAGCACUAUUGACAGGAUUUUCAUUCACGACGCCUUUUGCGCUCCAGAAAAAUGCAGCCCAUCAACGUGGGUGGCAUUCAGCAAGGAGACCGAACCUUUCACAAUGGUCAUCGACUCUCUCUCGACGGCCCUUGUUUAUCACCCAUUUGAUGACAUCUACGUGGGCCUUUUGUGCCUGCUGCGAAAGAUUAAAUCCUUGCAGAUAAUUGUGGCUCUCCUCCACGCUGAUGUGCACGAGGAACACGAGGUCGACAAGUUGUGCUAUCUAGCCACCACCACUCUGGCACCCUACGUGCGUGACGGUGGAAGCACACUCGGAUGCAAGACUGUUCACAGGAAGCCAGGAGGACGUGUCGUUAGAGAGGAUGAAGAGUUUGUUCUCAAGCCAGACCUUUCAAUUACUGACAUCAAGAAGAUUGCUGAAAAGCAUGAUGCUAAGCCCGUGACACAGCAGCCUGACCCAACAGCGAACCUUACCUUCAACCUUCGGCUCAGCGAAGAGGAGAAAGUGGCCAAGGAUAACCUUGUACUGCCAUAUCUCAAGACGGCAUCUUCCAGCAAAGGAAAGGGGGAGAUCACAUACGUCAUGGAGCGGGAGGAUGAUUUUGACGAAGAAGAUGAUCCUGAUGAUGACUUGAAUUUCUGAUUACCGCACUUUGUUUUGCUCUGGUUGUGUAAAUAGACAAUGCUUCUUUUG